AGACCAAUCAUAAUACACAAACAUGCAUGCACUUUCAUUCAUAUCUGAGUUCAUUUCUAAAAGAUAGAAAAUUGAUGUCUCUGGGAUUAGAUCUCCGUAUAAAAUGACCGACCCAUUCUUUUUUGAGUCUCCAAUAAUUGUUUUCUUUCAUUUCUUCUUUCUGUAAUUUGGUUGAUCAAGAAGUUGGUGGUUUUUCUUUGCACUGAAGUUCAUUAAGAAUUUUGGAAAAACUGGCGUAAUGGAAGACGUUGUUUCUAACACUAGGAGAUGGGAGGAUCUGGACACAGAUAUUUUGAUGAAGAUUUUUCAGUUGCUUGACAUAUUUCAGUUAACAUCUGGCAUUGCUCAUGUUUGUAGUGCUUGGCGCAUGGCUUGUUGCGAUCCUCUUCUUUGGAAGAAGCUUGAUUUGUCAAUGCUAAGAUCUAAUUUCAUCAAGAUUCCAUUGGAGCCAUUUGUUUAUGUUGAUGAACGAUCCGAUAAGAAAUUAACCCGUUUAUUGAAGAUUUCCUUGAGUCUCAGCAGACAGAGUAUAGUGACAUUGAUCUUCCAUUUCAACUUGUAUGUAAGCGAUGAUCAGUUGACAUACACUGCGGAAAGGUGCCCACGACUCAAACGACUGGUUCUUCCGGCUUGGAACAGAAUUAAGAGAACAGGAAUGUGCAAGGCCAUCCGUUCCUGGAAAGAGCUGGAGUCCUUGACAAUGCCUAGUAUAGCAAACCCGCCAUAUCUUCUAGAGGAAAUCGCAGCGCACUGCAAAAACUUCAGCGAACUCAAGAUUAUGGGGCCGUGUGACAUCUUCUUUGCUUCAACUCUGGCUGCAUUUGUUCCAAAAUUGAAAGUCUUGAGUCUUCGGUGCUCAACGCUGUACAAGGAAGCUCUCAUUCUCAUCCUAGAUAGCUUACAGCAUUUAGAAGUGCUCAACAUAUCACAUUGCAUUCUAAUUGAAGGCCUUCCUCCUCCUCAAUAUAAAAGAUAUAUGGAUGAAAUUGAUCCGGUUAUUCGUCAAAAGGCUUCUCGGUUGCGCGAGUUUAUCACAUGCAUGCAUGACUCGUGCAUCACGUGCCAACGGACAAGAAAUGAUGAAGGGAUACUUAGGUGGUACAAAUACGAGGAAAGGUUUUGGAAAGAAGACGAGGUGGCGUCUCUGGCGCUUUAAACAGAGAAUAACAUAAAUCUGGUAUGAUCUUGUUGUUGAACAUUUUAAGUUGUUAAUUUGUUCCAGUACUUUAAUUGUAGAUCAAAAUAACGAAAUCAGAAUUAUUACAAAUGGAUGUUGCUGUUCCCUUCAAAAGGAGUUAGUUAAAUCUUGUAAUUGUACAUAAGAAUAAGUUCUAGUUUGUGCUCUAAAUUUUGUUGCUUUCAUUUUGAAGACGUGUUUUCUAUCACGGAAACUUUAUAAGACAACAGUUUUGAGAAUUAAAAGCAUAACAUGCAAGGUGAUGAUUUGAACA